GACGGAAGCACGCCGGGGGUGACCUCACCUUUCAACAUGGCGGCGGCGGUAGAUUAGGGCAGUGGGUCGAAGCAGUCACCGUCGCUUGGGGACCCUGUUGGAAGCAACCGCCGCCGCCGCUUUUCAUCUCUUCUGGGGCAGGGGCCAGGGCCAGGUUUUACACACCUGCAAGUAGACCUCUUAGGAGCUCUGUUGGCCAAUCCAAUGGCGUCCUCAACUACCAUGCCUCUAGGAUUUCACUAUGAAACAAAGUAUGUUGUUCUCACCUACUUGGGACUCCCUCAAGAGAAGUAUCAAGAGCAACAUCUUCUCUCAUCCCAAGGGGUUCAACUAGAUAUAGCUUCACAGUCUCUGGACCCAGAAGUAUUUUUAAAAGUUAAAUCUGAAAUUGAAGAAGAGCUAAAAUCCCUGGACAAAGAAAUUUCUGAAGCCUUCACCAGCACAGGCUUUGACCGUCACACUUCUCCAGUGUUUAGCCCUGCUAACCCAGAAAGCUCAAUAGAAGACUGCUUGGCCCAUCUUGGAGAAAGAGUAUUGCAGGAACUGAAAGAACCUCUGCAUAAAGCAUUGCAAAUGCUCCUCAGCCAGCCAGUGACAUAUCAGGCAUAUCGUGAAUGUACACUGGAGACCGCAGUUCAUGCCAGCGGCUGGAGCAAGUGCUUGGGAUGAAACCCAGGGUCUUACACAUAGUAGGCAAGCGUGAUACCACUGAGCUUCAACUCCAGCCCUUCUUAAUUUUACUUUAUUUUAUUUACUUAUGUAUAUUUUUUGCAGUACUAAGAUUUGAACCCAGGGUCUCACACAUUCUAGGCAAGUGCCGGACCACUGAGCCCUACACUUUGAUUUUGAGACAAGGUCUUACAAAAUUGCCAAAGCUGACCUUGAAUUUGAGAUUCUCCUCCCUCAGUCUCUUCAGACUCUGGAAUUAGAGGCAUAUGCCACUGUACCUGGCUUAAUAUACUAGUUUUAAUACACAAGACCUUGUCCUUAUGCAUCAUAUAACAAUGGAGGUUAAUUUUGAGGAUUGCAUCCUUAGGCGACCUCAUUAUGUGAACAUGUAAAGUGUAUACAAAUUAAGACUGGUACGGGUCUGGGGUUGUGGCUCAGGGGUAGAGUGCUCACCUAGCACGUGCAAGGCACUGGGUUCGAUCCUCAGCACCACAUAAAAAAUAAAAUAAAGGUAUUGUGUCCAACUACAACUAAAUAAACAAAAUAUUAAAAAAAAUUAAAACUGGUACGAUGUCACUAGGUAGUAUAAUCUUAGAGGACCACUGACCUGUGGUUCAUUUUUGACUGAAACAUUAUGUAUCACAUGACUAUUGUUACUUGUAUAGAGUUUCAGAGUGUUCAUAAUGUAUUAAAAUAUAUUUUUUUCCUCAUUUUUUUGGAACAAAGAAAAAUACAGACAUUUGAAAUAGAUUUUAUAAAUAACAGUGAGCUUGGUUAUGAUAUAUUUCUUAGUAUAUCAAACAUCUUAUACUUAGGUAAUAAUUUUACUAGUUUUCUUUUCUUUCUGUUGCUUCUGUCUAGUAACUGUUAGAGUAAAUUCUUGUAUGCCCUACCCUUCACUGCCCCAAUCCUAGAAUGAUCAUAAAAAAUCUAAGUCAACCUGGUCUUCACUGCCCUUUUUCACCCUUCCUGUUUUUAUGCAUUUUCCUGUUAAAUGGAUAGUCCCUCAUCUGGAUCAGGGGGCCAACUAUUGACUUAUUUAAGCUGUGGCUUAAAUACCUCAAGUUAAUGAGGCAUGCCAAUUAGAAUAUUACAUUUUCUGCUGAAUCUAGUAUUACUUUCCUUCUAAAUUCUCAAGGACUAAAAAGAACCUGGUUUAUGAUAUUAGGCUGCUGAAAUCUACCCUCCCUCAUUCCAAUUAAAAUCUAGAGUGGUUCACAAAACAGUAAGCUUACAGUUUACAUUCAGCAUGAGGUUUGCAAAAUUCCAGUCUUUUUUUUUUUUUUUUUUUUAGUCUUCAACACCUUGUUUAGCCACCUGAUAGAAGCAAAACUAUACAACAUCCUGCCAUGUCACCCCAAAAACAAUGUUUUUACUCGUUUUUAUUUUGUUUUGUUUUUGUUUGUUUACCAUGCUGGAGUUUGAGCCCAUAGACUCACACAUACUAUGUAAGCACUCUAUCACUGAACUGCAUCUCCAGGCCACACUUUUUUGAUAGCUGAAUGGGUCAUUAGCAAAGGACCUAUAGUGCUUUUUAAAGGGGGAAACAAAUAAAAGCUGGGCAUGGUGGAACAUGCCAACAUGCCUGUGAUCCCAGCGGUUUGGGAGACUGACACAGGAGGAUUGUAAAUUUAAAGCCAGAUUCAGCAACUUAGAGAGGCCCCAAAGCAACUUAGCAACACCCUAUCUCAAAAUAAAAAGGGCUGAUGAUAUGGUUCAGUGGUUAAACGCCUCUGUGCUCAAUCCUUGGUACCAAAAAAGUGAAGGGGAGGCAAAAAUUUGAUAUAAUAUUGCUUACUAUCUAGCAAGUCAAUAAAGCACCAAUCAGAAAAAAAAAAAUGUCUACAAAGCAUGCCAGGUUAGGGACAAACUGAGUAUCGAUUCAUUUGUAAAGAAAUUUUUAAAGAAUCUUUAUAGAAUACUCUUUAAAUAUGUUUAAAAGAGUAGAUGGAAAAAGCUGGUUAUGAACAUACAUUAGUUAUAUGAUCUUUUGUUAUUAAAAAAAACAAAAAAAAGGACAUCAGACUGGGAGUGCAGCUUGGUGGUAGAAUUUGUGCUUAGCAUAUGUGAGGCCCCAAAAUGUACAUAUAUAAAUGUAGAAUAUAUAUAUAUAUAUAUAAUCUCAAAAAAAUUGAUAUUUGCCAAAAUAUUAAAUAAUCCAUUGUAGCUAUCUUGGAAUUGUAAGUGAUUUUUUUUUUCCUUGUGGGUAUUUUUUUUUCCUGUCUGCUUAUAAAAAAGGAGAAAAUGACCAUCAAAGAGAAAAAAAACCAAAUCUGUUUUCAUCUGUUUCCCCACAUAUUCUUCCUUCUCUUCCCCUAGAUUAAUGAAGUAGACCUUAGACAUCAUAUUUUAUUCAUAAACCCAUUAGUAUGUAUUCCUAAGAAUAAUGUAUUUCUUUUACCUUAUUUUUGGGGAUACUGGGAAUAGAACCCAGGGCCUUGUUCAUGCUAGGCAGAUAUUCUGCCACUGAGCCACAUCCUGAGUCCUAUAUCCUCUUUUUAAAACCUACUGAUUGGGGCUGGAGUUGUGGCUCAGUGGUAGAGUGCUUACCUAGCAUGUGUGAGGCACUUGGUUCGAGCCUCAGCACCACAUAAAAAUAUACAAAUAACACAUAGAAAAAAACCUACUGAUGCUAUCAUUAGCACACUUAAGAAUAUUAACAGUAAUUCUUUAAUAUUGUCACAUAAUUUACUAGGUAUUCAUUUUCACUCAUUCGUUUUUGUUACUGUGAGGUAAGCCCAGUGGAGCUCUACCACUGAGCUGCAUCUACAUCUCCUAGCCCCUUUUAUUUUUUUAUUUUGAGACUUAGCAUCUCACUAAGUUUCUAGACUGGCCUCUAACUUUUGAUCCUCCUGCUUCAGCCUUCUGAGUAUGCAUCACUGUGCCCAGCUGCUAAAUGUAUUUUUAAUUUAAUUUUUAAAUGUUUUAAGAAAUUUUAUCAUAACUGUAUGAUUGUUUUCUUUCCACAUUUUUUAUUGGUUCAUUAUUAUAGUUAUACAUAAUGAUGGGAUUUGUUGUUAAACAUUUAUACAUGCACACAAUAUAACAAUAUAAUUUGGCCAAUAUCUCUUUUCAACACUUUCCCCCUCCCUCACCUCCCUGAUGCCUUUUCCUCUACUGAUCUCCCUUUGAGUCCUGCCCCUGCCCACCUUUUUUUUUCUUCCUCUUUUUCCUCUUACCUACACAUAUGAGAGAAAAUAUAACCCUUGACCUCCUGAGUAAUGGUUCCAUCCAUUUUCCUGCAAAUGUCAACCGUGUUUUAAAGCUGGUUUAUUUGAAUCAAAGUCGGAACAAAGUCUGUGCAUUGUUUUUGGUUGAUAUGUUUUGUUUUUUGUUCACUGAAAUGUAAUUCACAUAAAAUUUGCCCUUCUGAAGUCAGGUCAGAGAUUUAGUAUAUUCACAUUAGUUCAUAUAGACCUAGAAAUGUGAAUAGUGAGACCUUCUCAAAAUGAAUGGGAAUUCAGUUUUAUUUUAACAUUAAAAAAAGAAAAAAAAAACUUAAGUGUCAUGGUACACUCCUGUCAUCCCAGAUUCUCAGGGGGCUGAAGCAAGAGAAUUGCAAGUUGGAGGCCAUCUGGGCAAUUUAGGAAAACUCUGUCUUCAAAAUAAAAAUUACAAAGGGCUGAGUCUGUAGCUCAAUGACAAAACACUCCUGAGUUCAAUCCCCAGUAUUGGAAAAUUAAUUAACUAAUUAAUUUAAAAUAAAAAAUAAUAUAAGAGGGAUGAAUACAAAACAAAUGUGGUUGCAGAUUAUAUUGAAUACUCUUUUGGAGGGGGUUACUGAGGAUUGAACCCAGGGGCACUUUUACCAUUGGGCUGUAUCUCCAGGCCUUUUUAAUUUUUUGAGACAGAGUCUCAUUAAGUCACUACCGACCUCCUAAAUUACUGAGGCUGGCCUCAAACUCAUGGUGCUUCUGCUUCAGCUUCUGGGAUUACAGGCAUGGACCACCAUGCCCAGUAAUAUAGAAUACAUGUGGGCAGGAAAAUGCCAAGUUAAUGGCCAUCAGUUGUAGAAAUAACUCAUGAAGACUUUUUAAAAAAAAUAAUUUUUUAGAUAUUGAUGGACCUUUAUUUUGUUCAUUUAUUUAUAUGCAGUGCUGAGAAUCGAACCCAGUGCCUCACUCAUGCUAGGCAAGUGCUCUAUCACUGAGCCACAACCCUAGCUCCUCAUGAAGCUUUUGUGCAUAGGCAAAUGAACUGGGUUUAACUAUUUAAAAGUUAUUUAAACCGUGUUUUAAAAAGUCGGAAGUCGAGCUGGGUAUGUAGCUCAGUAGUAGAGCCUUUUCCUAACAUAUAUGCAAGGCUCUGGGUUUAGUCCCCAGCACUGCAAAAUAAAUAAAUAAAAUAAACUUAAAAAAGUAAAAGCUAAAAGUCACUGUACAGGUCUAUGAAGAAAGUAUGUCACCUAAGUAAGCCUGGUCUAUAAUAGACAUUAACAGUUGUGUGAGGUAUGAAGGGGGGAAAAUAAAUCAUCUGACACAACAUACAUCAACAAAAAAAGUGUUGUCAAUCAAACUAGAAAAUGGUAGUCCAUAAAAUGAAAUUUCCACACUCUGGUGACUAUAUUUCAAGAAAGACAGAAUGAGAAGAUCCAGAAAAGGACAAUUUAAAGAAAGAAAUUAGGGGGCUGGCGUUGUGGCUCAGUGGUAGCGUACUUGCCUAGCAAGCACGAGGCCUUGGGUUCGAUCCUCAGCACCACAUAAAAACAAAUAAAGGUAUUGUGUCCAACUACAACUAAAAAAUAAACAUUAAAAAGAAAAAGAAAUUAGGGCUGCGGUUGUGGCUCAGUAGUAUAGAGUGGUUGUUUCACACAUAUGAGGCACUGGGUUUGAUCCUCAGCACCACAUAAAAAUAAAAUAAAGGCAUUGUGUCCAUCUUCAACUAAAAAUAAAACAUUAAUAUGAAAAGAAAGUAAUGUGAUAGGAAGAUUACAUUUUGCCCAAAUGUAUAGUGAAUGAGGGAAUACAGUCAAAUAUUAAAAUUGACAGAAGUGAAAGAGGAUUGCAGAUUUAUUAUAAAAUCAGGGUAUCUACUUUUUGAUACAUAUGAAAAAGGUAAUUUGGAACAAUAAAAGAAAUUCUAAAAUGUUUGCACCUCAUUUCCCCAAGAAGCAGUAGAGCUUAUUAUGAAGAGUUUCAAAUUUUUAUGUAUUUAUGGAUUUUUGUGGGAAAUAAAAAUGUUUGAGGUUCAGAACAUCUCAGGCCUUUGAAGCUCAUAGGAUAUGAAUAGCAAGGCUGACUGAUAAGUCCCUUGCCUGUUCUUGCCCAAGGCAAAAUACUGGGGCUAGAUGAACUUUUUUUGUUUCUGUUUUUGUUAGCAUGAUAGUUUUUCUUAUUAUGGGAAAAGCCUAGCAUAUUUGUCUUUAUAGCCCUAUGUCUUUCCAUUAGUGUUAAAAACUGGAGUUUUCUAAAAGGUCAAAAAGUAAAUGAAUUUGUUUGUUUCAUUCUCUGUCAGAGUUUAAUAUAGACUCCUUUGGGGCUGCUUAGAAGCCAAAGAAUAUUAGUAUGAAGUAUAAACUCACUGGGCAUUUUUAUUUGUCCUCCUCUGGGGAAAUAUUUUGUCAGCCCUCAGUUAUUUUCUUGGUAAUCCAGUAACAAGUAACGAGAAUUGGUUUCAUUUCCUUGUGCAUUCCUUCUGCCAUCAUGUAGACCUUUUGAUGUUUUAGACAAGAGACUUCAUAUAGAUGGCUAGCUGAAAUACUUAGUUUUUUCUUUUCUUUUUUUUUUUUUUUUAAUGUUGGGGAUCAAAUGGAGGGACUCAGGAAUGCUAGGCAAGUGCUCUCCUAUUAAUUCUUUUUUCAAUAUGUAAUUCUUCUUUUUAUUACUGAGGAUUGAACCUAGGGCCUUGCAUAUACUAGGUAAGGACUCUACCACUUAGCUGCAUUUUCAGCCCAAUAUGCAAUUUUUUUUUUGUAGUUGUAUAUGGACAGAAUGCCUUUAUUUUGUUUGUUCAUUUAUAUGUAGUACUAAGGACAGAAACUAGUGCCUCACACAUGCUAGGCAAAUGCUCUGCCACUGACCCACAGCCCCAGCCCACUUUUUUUUUUUUUUUUUGGAAGGCAACAACAGACUAGUUUGUUAUAAAUUUUGAUGGCUUACCUUUUGUGUUAUUAGGUACAGGUUAUAAUGCCUCCUUUUAUAUUUGAUUUUUUAUGAUUUUUACAAUAUAGGUCAUAAUUUUUAAAAAGUUCUUAUUUUCAAAUAAUAAAAGAAUAUGGUUUAAACUAUAAAAAGUACAGAAAGAGGUGCAUCAAAAAAUAGAUUUUUUUUUUCACCUUUGUUGACACUCACCUAGUUCCUCUUAAGCAACCACUAUUUUUAGUUUCUUAUAUGUUUUUUCCAGAGAUACUGUAGGGCUAUACAAACUUAUAUGUGUAUAUGCAUUUUGUUUUGUUUCAUGAAUGAUCCCUCAUUCUCCUGUAUCUUUCUUUCUCUUAAAGUAAAUUUUGGUAGGGUAUGAGUGGGAACUGAUUAAUUAAUUAAUUAAUUUGGUGAUUGAGUACUGAACAGUCUCUUUUCAACUCUAUUGGAUGACCAGAAUUCAUUAAAUUAGUCUGCAUUGAGUUGUUUUUAGUCUUCUGUUAUUUUAAAUAAUACACGGUUAUUUUUAUAUAAUAAUUCUACCACCCUAUCAUAUGAAAUAUUCAGAAAUAUAUGUAAUAUUGAGAAAAAGAUUCUAGUAGGGGUUAGUGUUUUAUGAAAUAAACAUAUGAAAUAUAAUGAUACAUCUGAGUAUAAUUUUCCAGUAUUUUGAUAUAAAAAAUGCAUUAUAAGAAUUUCAGACUCAAAGGCCAAAGGUUCUCCCUGAUAAGUAGAUGCUGAUGCACAAUGAGGGGCAUUCGAAGAAUGGGGAAACUUUGGACAAAGGGGAAGGAGGAGACAUCAUUACCCUAGGCACAUGUAUGACUGCACAUAUGGUGCAACUCUACAUUGUAAACUACCAAAGAAAUGAAAAGCUGUGCUUCAUUUGUGUACAAUGAACAAUGCAUUCUGCUGUCAUGUGUAACUAAUUAGAAUAAAAAAAAGAAAAAAAAAAGAAUUUCAGA